GAGGAAAAGAUUCUCUUCAACCUCGUCACGACCAACCUCGCCCGGCAUAGCGUCAUGAGCACCGUCGGGCAGCGGCUGCUGCUGCUCGGUGUCCAGACGCACCUCUGUGAAACCAUCCCGGACGCAUCGUUUGAGUUCAUGACGACCAUUAAGCGCGCACUCACGGACCGCGCCGUACACCAAACCAUCAUGGUCAAGCAGGCCGCGUACACCGCCCGCGUCCCGCGCGGAAACCAUCCCCACGCCCAGGAGGUCGUCAAGAUGUUCGACGCGUACAUCGGAGUGCACUGCGAUGCGUUCGGGCUCGCGCGCUCACAGGCCUUGGUCAAGAACAUCUAUCUUCAGCCGGCAGUCGCCGCUUGCAAAGGCGUCAAAGCUUGGGAGGCUACGACGGGAAUCUGCCUACGCGGUGGUUUCUCCAACGGUGAUGGAGAUGGGCAUCAAUCUCCUCCUGACGCUGCAUCGGCUAUGAAGGCUGCGCUGACCGCCUUGUAUGCGACGGAUCUUCCCCCCAAUAGUCCCGAAUUCACGCUCGAGUUCACCGCUACAUCUGAGGCCCAUCGUUCGAGCAGAAUGGCUCUCGGUCAGGACGCAGUCCACGCCAUGGUCGUUCUUCAGAUCGCUCAAUUUUGGGAGGACAUAUCUCCCGCUAUGCUUGAGCGCGUCAUCACCAUCGUCCUCAGUCAGGAAUUCUUGCACCAUAUCCCGCAUCGCCUCGACCCCAGACAGAGUCGCUGGCCAAAGAAGGAUGACCAUCUGCAAGUCCUUUUCUGGUUUGGAUGUCAAGCGCUGGCGGGCCGCGAACAAGCGAUGCACGGCUUCGUCCACGAGGUCAUUCGGCCUGCGGUCAUGGCACUGCGGGGGUUCUACUUUCCGCUGUAUCUUCCGAAUGCCCGCAUCCCCGUCGACUGGUCUAACCGUCUUGUCGUCAACCUACCCAUGCAACACAUGCUGCUUCGCUAUGUCGAGAACCUCGCGCUUGGCCUUUAUGUGGAGCUCAACUCCGACUCGCGCGUGGAGAUCUUCGUAGAGGAUGCUCAGCGACUCUUGCAGACAAAUUCUCGGCAUGUCGUGUAUCACGACUUGAUGGGACAGAUAGAUAAUACGUCGAAGUUGCUCGAAGACGCUGUGAGUGAACAUGAGCUACAGAACUCGCCCGACGACUGUCUCGUCGUUGCAACCGUGACGGGGCUUCAGGGGGACACUUGCAUGCAGCAGACCGAUGUCCAGCGGCUCGUCCUGCUCACGCUGCCACUCCAUGUGCACGCUACCGUUUUUCGGCUCGGGGCUUCGGCAGGUAAUCAGCUCGACGGUUCCAUCAUCUUGCGCAUCCGCCGCGACUCGCUCUUCAUCCUUUUCGAGGGCCAGGAGGCGACCGAUCUCUACUUGUCGGAAGGUGUAUUCAUCCAUCUCGACAAAGAGAUACGACGGGGGCAGUGCUCGGCCAGGCUCCUGAACUUUGUCCAUCGCAGCAUCGAUCGGACCACCCUCGCGCAGCGCGGGCUCUCCGCCUACCGCGACCUGCUGCUCCCCCCGCCUGGCCCCCUCCUUCCGAAGGUGGGCAUCAGGAUCCCUAUGCCAAUGUUCUCGGGCGAGAAGCUCAAGGUGCAUUCGCGCGCUGGCCGCAACGCGGGCUAUAUUCCGGCGGCUGAGUGCCCGGUCGUCGCUGGGUGCGCGGUUCAGUUCCGUGGGAAUGGGUAUCUUGGGUCGGAUCCUAUGGCGCUCUUUAGUCGGGACGAUUGCGCAUACCUGUGGGACUACGCGCUACGGUUGCACGACGGGGGUUGGACGUGCUCCAUCCUCUUCAACGGCCUCGUCUCCGAGAGGUUCCUGAACAACCUGAACGUCGCGCUCCCGCAGCUCAAUGGUGUCGACGGUCAGUGGGUGCGGAUGGAUUCUCGCGCGGUGCAGCGUUGGGUGGUCGAGGUGGUGCAGGAGAAGGCGGAGGUGCACCGCUUCUUGGACAACGGAGUCAGCAGUGUCCGUCCUGGGGCGAGGAUGGACUUCCUCUGCAACUAGGCGCGUUGUUCUUGGGUCGUUGUCCUCUGUGGAUGUAUGUUUCCGAGUCUUGUCUUGUGUGAUUGUGGCGAGUUUAGUAUAGUGUUAGUCGGUCUAUAAUGGGUAUUUGGGGAUUUCUUUGGUAACGCGGAUGGACUUAAAUUGCAAGCGGAG